UCCCGACUUAUGACCUUUUCCAUCCGUAACUCGAAGACCACUAUAUCAUCAAGGCCUUUUCAGUAAAGAAUGGACUACCAGAAUCGUGUUGGGUCGAAAUUUGGCGGUGGAGGCGUGGCGGGGGCAUCCGAAUCGAAUAUUGAUAGGAGGGAGCGUCUGAGGAAACUGGCACUGGAAACUAUUGACCUUGCCAAGGAUCCUUAUAUUCUCCGCAAUCAUCUUGGAUCUCUCGAGUGCCGUCUUUGCUUGACCUUACACACAAACGAAGGCUCUUACUUGGCUCAUACUCAAGGCAAGAAACACCAAACAAAUCUCGCCCGUCGUGCUGCUCGUGAUGCCAAAGAUACACAGUUAAUGAUCGCUCCCACUCAAAGCAAUGUGCAGCGCAAAGUGUUUCUCAAAAUUGGACGUCCAGGUUAUAGAGUCACGAAAGUGAGGGACGUGGACACGGGAAAGGAGGGUAUGAUGGUGCAAGUACAUUUGCCACAAAUGAAGCCUGAUGUGAUACCUCGACGAAGGUUCAUGAGUGCUUGGGAACAAAAGAGAGAGCCACCCAACAAAGCGUAUCAGUAUCUUGUUGUUGCGGCUGAACCAUAUGAAACCGUUGCUUUCCGAAUCCCAGCUCGAGAGAUCGAAGACGAGUCAGACGAUGCGGGAUAUUGGAACUGGUCGCAUUGGGACACUGACACGAAGCAAUAUAGCUUCCAGUUCAUGUUUCGUCUGCAUGGCCCAGACCGGAAGAUAUUUUCGUGAUAUUUUAGAUUCAAGAUAAAGUUGUUCAUUUAAAAUGUCCAUUCUUCGGAAGGGGCAGGUUUCUGUCAGCCAGAAAAAUCCACCUCUUAUGUUUCGAUGUGUAACAGUAACUUGUGGCUAUAAAUUGUACAGCUUUACUUAUUUGUACCAAUUCUUCAAUCAACCUUUUGUCUUAUCAAAGGUUUUCAGCCCCUAUUUUCAAACGGCGAAUUGAAAUGAUAAAAUGUUUUAC